AUGGAGGAAAAUCAAGCUUUUCCAAAAGUUGAUGUAGAAUAUAAUGGUACUUUUGUGCCUAAUCCAUUAGUGUAUUUUGCUCUAGAAGUACUACGACUGAAUGAAGAUGCAAACGAGUUUGUUUUCUCUGAUUUCAUCAAAUACGUUGAGAAGCUUAUCGAUUUUCAAUGCAAGCAUGUACAUGUGGAUGUGUAUAUUGACCACGAUAAUGAACCUAUAUUUGAGUGGAUUCAGAAAGAAGAACCAGACAAUGAAGAACUUGUAUAUUCAAAAGAAAAUGUCAACUAUGUUUUGGCAGAUGAUGAGAAUUGUGAACAUGAAGAGGAUGAAUUUGUUACAUCAAGCAAAAGAAUCUUCAAAAGAACCUAUAAUGAUAAGUUGUUGAACAAGUUAUGCCUAGUAAUUGUUGCAGAUGAAGAUGAAAAAGGCAAUGAACUUCCAGUUUUCUACCUUAGGCAUGAUGCUACUCAGGAAUGGAGGAAGAUGACGCCUGGACUAGGUAUGAGAUGUCACAACUAG